AAGGUUCGCAGCUUCUUCCUCUCAAUGUCGUAGGAAAUGGUACUCAUUAAAAUAUGGGUACGAAAAUCUCAAGAGGUUGGAAGCUGGAGAAAAUCCCCACGACCAACUAAUAACAAACCCAACUCU